AUGGACGAUCUUCUCACGCCCGUGAGCACCACCUAUCUCAAACCACGAAAAGAGACAGAGCCACUCUUUACAGAAGUCAAGACAUCCUCUCCCCAGCCAGAACCAAGAAAGAUCACUGCCAUCUCGACAGCCGACGAUGCCGUGGAUGUUCUGAAGAACCAACCCGACUAUGAUAGUCUCAUCUCAGUUUUAGAGUUUCUGACGAGUACCAAACCUUCAUCCGAUAACUUUUCUCUUUCAACGCCUAGUCCCAAGAGCGCAUUAAUAGUGCAUUUGCUCGUCUCCGAAAUUGCGCCAAAUUACUGGACUUUAUUACUCGAAGGAAGUUUCGAUGGUGUUGCCCAGUCAGCAGCAGCGCUCCCUCGAGAUGCUGAGCUAUUUGUUGCCUGCAUUCAAAGUCUAACCGGUCUCAACGCUGUGAUCACACAGAUUAAAACACUUAUCCAGGAGUCGCGGAUGGGAGGGAAAGAAGAAAAGAGAACUGAUUUAUCUCUAAAUGCCAACAUUCUUUUGAGUGUGCUGUCUGCUAUUCUUGACGGCCAUGGAGCGAUAUCUGCAAUCUGGAGUGCAUCAACAAAAGGCAUCUCAAACGCUGCUCUCCAGCGAGUUCAGUCUCAGAAGCUGGGGUCAAUUCUGACAAAUGGCCAAAUCGUAUCAACUUCCGCUGAAGCUUUAGAAAUCAUCGGCCGUGAUAGAGAGAGGGACGAAACCAAGUGGAUUGCUGAUGGACUUCAGUACAGCAAAUGGAUGGGAAAUAGUAUUGUCUCAUGGGUCAGGUCAUCUCCUGAAGCAGACGCCAUGACUUUUGCUUCUGAUCUAUUCCAGAAGUCCUUGUCCCUGCAUCACUCAGAAACGCUCAUUAAAACUGUCAUUAACGGACUCCUUCUUUCUAAGGAGAGCUCGGUGCAGACGUUCACAAGAGUUGCCCUUAGCCAACCACGGUCUUCGAAGAAAGUCAUUCAUCUUUUACUACACCACCUCUCGCGCACAUAUUUGAAUCACCUGACUCUAGAUGAUAAUUCCCCGGACGGCAAUAUUUCUGCAGUAGCUGGACUGCUGAAAGAGCUAGCGUUGAACGACCAAUUCAGGAGAGACAUACUCAUAGAAUGGUGUGCGUCCUCCUCAGGCGCAGGCCUUGGAGAUGGAGUGGGUAUUCGCCGUGCUGUAAUAGCUACGCUCUCUCAAGACCGAGAAGCCAUUACAUCUGUACUGGAAAAGAGCCUUGCGCAGUUUGGAGAUGAGUUGUAUAUCAGACACUCGGCGAUGCUGCAACAGGAUGUGCAUACCCAGAUCCUACUCUUGGCAGCUGGCUAUAUGCACAGAAUAUCUCCUAUGAAGCUGACUUUACUUAUGCGAGUUGGCACGUAUAUGACCACAAUUUCUAACCGUAUCGGUGCGACUCAAUCAAAGGCACAGUUCCUCGGUCUUGUCGUUGGUGAAGCACUCUCCUCUCUCAUUGAUGACAACAAGCAGAGGCUAAACUUCAAGAUGGAGGAGACGGAUACAGAAGAAGCACAGCAGUUGAAGGGACUCACAAAGAUCUCCGAUCCCGUUGGGCCAAUCGACCCUAUCCUAUCAAACAUCGCGAUCGAGCCAACUAUACAAAAACGAAAACCUACGACAUCUAGCAAACCUGUCCAGAAGAAGGCUAAGCAAAAGAAGCCCAUCAUCAAAGAAGUCAAGCCAAAAGCCAUAAUCGAAGAAAUCGAUUCUUCAGAGGAGGAUCAGGAUCUUGCUCCUUAUUCCAAAGAUUCAGAUCCUGAGGAUUCCGACGACGACGCAACUCUGGUCCAACGCAACAAACCCAAACCUCCCGUCUACGUCAGAGACCUUAUUUCAUACUUGAGAGACUCCGAAACCUAUGACAAGCAGUUGCUUGCUCUUCAAACUGCCCCAGUCCUCAUCCGACGCAAGGCCAACUAUGGCACUGAAGUCAGUUUCCAUGCCGAUGAGCUGGCUGGGCUUUUGGUGGGUAUUCAAGACAAGUUUGAGAUUGAAAACUUCCAAGACUUGCGAGUGCAAGGUAUGGUGGCGUUGGUGAUCUCCCAGCCCAAGACAAUGGCCCCUUGGUUUGCACGCACGUUCUUCGAAGGCGAUUACUCCCUCUAUCAGCGAACGUCAGUUCUCAUUACACUGGGCUUGUCAGCUCGAGAACUGGCCGGCUUUGCGAUUUCACAGUACGAGUCGGCUGCUGCCUUUCCAUCAAAGCGGCUUCCUGAAAAGAUGGAGCAGUUAUACAUUGGGCCUUCAGACGAGAACAAGGCACUGCCAUCUUCUCAACUGAAAGCACUUCCGGCAAAUGCUCUCGACAGUAUUUCACAGUCACUAACAUCGGAAUUCCUCGCUCCACUAGCUGCAGAAGCUGCUGAUGCGAACACGGGGCCUGAUGUCCUAAAGCUUCAGACAUUCACUGCACGUUACAAGUCCAAGACCAAGGCUAAACCCCGUGUCCGUGCUAUCCCAAACACGACAGCAGCCCUCCUCGCUACCUCUUUCUUCUCGCCGCUUGCUGCGCACUUUCAAGUUGCUCUUCGCUCUGCGAAACCCAUCAUUCUCAACCACGCACUUCUGGCGCUCUAUCUACAAACACUGGGUAUCAUCGUUCAUGCCGCAGGACCUUCGACACUUUCCCUGCCGCAGCUUACAUCUGAACUGUGGGAUUUGCUGCUCGGCGUUCGUGUACACGUGUUGGGUGAUCUCGGCGCCACAAAAGGUUGGUUGGCUGCCAUGGCUUCGCUCCUUGAGGUGAACGGCGGCGACUUGAGACGGCUAUGCGAGAACCAGGGAAGAGAAGUAAUGGAGACAAGGCAGUGGGUCUCCAUGGUGUUUGAGAGAACAAGGGGGGAGGAUGGAGGGGAAGAGAACGAUGUCAAGAUGUUGGCGGCAGGUGUACUCAUCAGGAUUGGAGAGGCUAUCGAAAAGUACCAAGCUUUACUUAUGGGAGACAUGAUCGGAUUUCAGUAG